AUGGACGCCAGCAUCCAGCGAGCCCUGAACGACAAGCUGUACGAUAAGCGCAAGGUUGGCGCGCUCGAGCUCGAGAGGGUCAUCCGCGAUCUCGUAGCCGCCAAGGAUUUCCAACGCGUAUACGACAUUCUCGAACAGCUUUGCAACGACUACGCCUAUGCUGUCCAUCAACCUCAUGCCCGCAACGGCGGUCUCAUCGGCCUUGCUGCUGCCGCCAUCGCCCUCGGACCCGAGCUGCCGCGCUAUCUAGCCAGGAUCGUGCCGCCUGUCUUGGCCUGCUUCACUGAUCAGGAUGCUCGGGUUCGGUACUACGCCUGCGAGGCCAUGUACAACAUUGCCAAGGUCGCCAAAGGGGAGAUUCUCGUCUAUUUUAACAACAUAUUCGAUCAGCUCUGCCGAGUGUACUCGGAGCUCUCGGUGAAGAACGGAGCUGAGCUUCUGGACCGCCUCAUCAAAGACAUCGUUUCUGAGUCCGCGGCUUCGUACGUCUCGGUGUUGGAGGCGCCCCCGGAUCUCGGUGACGACGACAAAGCGGGCUCGGACGAUCCGCGCUCGCAACUGCCAACCGCUUUCUCAUUAUCCCGCUUCAUCCCACUCUUGAAGGAGCGCAUUUGGGUCGUGAAUCCCUUCACGCGCCAGUUCCUUGUUGGCUGGAUCACCUUGCUGGACUCCAUUCCCGACUUGGAGUUGGUCACUUACCUACCCGACUUUCUAGGCGGGCUGCUCAAGUUUUUGGGUGACCAAAACUCGGACGUACGGACUGCAACGCAAACGUGCCUUGACAAGUUCCUCAACGAGAUAAAGCGCAUUGCUCGGGUCAAGAAGGGGAUCGCAGACAGUCGGAAAUCCAAAGAAGGCGGCAAGAGAAAACGCCAGGACUCGGUCGACACGGGCAGUUUUCACCCUGGCCUGGAAGAAGGAGAUGAGAUCGACUCGGAGGCUCUCGAUGAUGACGACGACGAGAGCGUGGUCGAAGACUGGAUUCCUGGUCAGGACGUGGAAAUCAAUUACAAGGAGGUUCUAGAGAUUCUGACGUCAACUUUGGACUCGCCACUAGACGAAGAAGAGGACUGUCUUCUGGAGUCGCUACGAUGGAUUGUGGAAUUUCUAGACAUCUGUCCUGAAGAGGUUCUUCCUUUCACGCCAAAGAUACUGGCACAUAUGCUUCCAGCCAUGGCCAGCAGCAAGGAAACAAUUCAUCAGGCCGCAACCCGCGUCAACAACUGCCUGAUGGAAUAUGUCGUGUCAUUAUCCGACGAGUCUGGGAUUGGGGCGUAUAACGGAGCCGCGCCGCAGUUUCAGUCGGCCUCAAGACUUGCCCUGCCCACCGACAGACUCGACGACUCUCACAGCAAUCGGGUUUCCUUGGCAAGCUCGCGCGACCAGGACGUUCACAGCCCCACGCCAGGCCAGGCGAGGUCACUUUCGUCGCCCGCGGGUGGUCUCGUCUCGUCUGCGCAGGGUGACCUCGACUAUGCUGCGGCUGUGAACUCGCUGACGCUGCUGUUCCUCAACGACCAUGAGGCGACUCGUGUGGCGGCGUUGACGUGGCUUAUUAUGCUUCACAGAAAAGCCCCUCGCAAGGUCCUUGCGUUCAAUGACGGAACCUUUCCCGCUCUCCUCAAAACCCUCUCGGACCCUUCGGACGCUGUCGUCAAGAAAGAUCUCCAAUUGCUCUCGCAAAUAUCCCGCAACAGCGAGGACGAUUACUUUGCCAACUUCAUGGUGAACCUGUUGCAAUUGUUCUCGACAGACCGUAAGCUCUUGGAGACUCGGGGCAACUUGAUCAUCCGCCAGCUAUGCAUGAGCCUCAGCCCCGAGCGGAUUUAUCGAACCCUGGCGGACUGCAUAGAAAAGGAGGAAGAUGUCGAGUUUGCCAGCAUCAUGGUUCAAAAUCUCAACAACAACCUCAUCACAGCACCCCAGCUUGGCGAGGUGCGGAAGAGGCUGCGCAACCUCGAAACGAAGGACGGGCAGACGCUAUUUGUGGCGUUGUUCAGGUCGUGGUGCUACAACGCCGUCGCUACGUUCUCAUUGUGCCUGCUCGCCCAAGCAUACGAGCAAGCAUAUCAUCUCCUUCAGAUCUUUGGCGAAUUGGACAUGACCGUCGACCUCUUGAUUCAGGUCGACAAGCUGGUGCAGCUGAUUGAGUCCCCUGUCUUCACAUACUUGAGGCUCCAGCUCCUGGAGCCCGACAAAUACCCAUACCUGUACAAGUGCAUGUAUGGCAUCCUCAUGCUGCUGCCGCAGUCGUCGGCUUUUGCCGCGUUGAAGAACCGGCUCAAUAGUGUGAGCUCCAUCGGGUAUUUACAUGUGGCGCCGCGAAGUGCGUCGACUUCGACAGGCAGCUCUAACUAUGAUCGGCCGAACCGACUCAAGGGCCGUGACGAUGGCAGCAUCCGCUGGGUGGAGCUUCUGGAGAAGUUCCGCAGCGUCCAGGAAAGGGCGCGAAGGGUGCAGCGACACACUUUAGAAGGCGAGGAAAUGCCCGCGCCGGGAUUCGGUGACCUGCGAAUAGGCGAGGUGUCGCUCGAGGCGAAGGGGAAGGAGAGCCGGGGCCCGGGGCCAGGAGCUGCGCCCCCAGUGCCUCAGAAGGAUGUUACGCCAGUGGUCCCGGCGCAGCCAGCAAAGAAGUCUGGCCUGGGGCGGCAGUUCGGAAGGCUUGGCGGUGCAGUUUCCGGCAAGAACCGGCGAAACUAG